ACUCUAUCUACCCUUCGUUGUUCUCGCGCUGCGCUCGGGCCCAGUCAAGUCGUCCUGUGAAAGGCUUGCCUGAUAGCAUCAUCCCUAUCAUCCUGGUCCUGUCGCUGCCGGUCAGCUUCACGCUGUCAUCUUUGAUUUGCUGCAGAAGGGAAGGUAGAACAGCUUGGCUGGAAUCUUGGCCUCGAAAAUCCACGCACACGGACUCCCGCGAUGCUGCCGGUCGAGAAUCCCACGACAUCAUACUGGCAAGCGACGAGCGCCGACUCGCCGAUCCACGAUCACGGCCGGGAUGGCCCUCUGCCGACCGAGCAGCUGUUUGACGUCGUCGUCGUGGGCAGCGGCAUCUCGGGCGCCACGGCCGCAUAUACGCUGCUCCGUGGGGAGGAGGGCGACGACGACGACGACGACGAAGCAAGAACCACAAAGAGGCCGCGGCCAAAAGUGGCCCUCGUCGAAGCGCGACGGGCAUGCUCAGGCGCCACGGCCAGAAACGGCGGGCACUGCCGACCGGAUGCCUAUGCGGGCUUUUUGAGGUACGCUGCCAUCGUGGGCAAGGACCAGGCGCACAAGGUCCUUGUCAACGAGCGCCAGACGAUGGACUACAUCCGAGACACGGCCCAGAGGGAAAAGAUUGACUGCGACUGGUGGCAGGGAAAGACGUUUGCGGCCUUUAUGAAGCACGAGGUCAAGGCACUGUCGCGCAAGAGCUACGAGGCAUACGACGAGUACGGGCAGCUCAACAAGGAGGAAGUCACCUGGAUCGAAGAUGCAGAGGAAGCCCAAAGGGUCACCCGCAUCCCAGGCUGCGUCGGCGCCGCCACGUUCACGGCUGCCUCCGUGUAUCCCCUUCGAUUCGUGCACGGGCUUCUGUCUCGCUCCAUCGACGCCGGCCUGCAGCUCUUUACGCACGCGCCUGUCACCAGUAUUGAGCAUCAGCAGCAGAAACAAGAGCAGGGCAUCUGGACCCUGUCGACGCCGAGGGGCACCCUGCGAGCCAAGCAUGUGCUCCUUGCCACCAAUGGCUACACCGAGGCCCUGGUGCCCGGCCUUGGUGACUUUCUGCUGUCUCACAAGGCCCAGUGCAGUUCCAUCGAUCCACCGCCCGCGUACCGGGACGAGGGCAGCCUCAAACAGACCUACUCCAUCGCAAAGGGAGGCGAAGACUUCGAGUACCUCGUUCAGCGGCCCUGCAACGAUGCAAAGAGGUCGAGCAAGGGCGGGCCUUUUAUCUUGGGGGGCGGCCACCCUCUGACGCCGAGAGACCAGGUCGUCGGCACCGUCGACGACAGCACUGUGUCCGAUGCCGUCACCGAGCAUCUGCGCACAUAUCCUGGCCGCACAUUCGAAGGGUGGAACGACGACGAGAGCCGCCUGACUCACGUGUGGACCGGCAUUCAGGGCUACACACGAGACUCGCUUCCGCUAUGUGGGCAGCAAGCGUGGAGCGACUCAGCCGGGCUCUGGCUCUGCGUCGGCAUGCAAGGCCACGGCAUGGCCCGGGCCGCGACGUGUGGACGCGGCGUAGCGCGCCUGAUUCUCGGCCAAUUGGCCGGUGCCAACGAGGCGGCAAUGACCGACGAGCAGUGGGAGCACGCCAGCGGUCUCCCCAGCUGUUUCAGAUGGACAAAUGCGCGUAGCAAGCGCCGCGAUGUGGAUUGCCGCUACGAAUGAGCGUUACCAAUCUAUAGAUUCUUUGGACAAUUCACUGGUGUAGACAGAGCGUCCCAGUCAGUCACCAGAAGUCGUGUAGUCGUCGUGUUGGACAGAGGGCCAUAAACUCACAUAUCGAAAGAGAGCACAAAGAGAAAGAGGAGGACAUAGCCCUCCUACUUUUUCUUGCCCCCCUGGA